AUGAAUCAUCACGGCCGAAACACCGUUGAGGAUGAAACUUCGCAGCUGAACUACAUUCAGGAUUCGGACCUCUUCUUAACGCAGAAACCGUACGAGGUCCUGUCCGAAGUCCCACCUGGACUGAAGAAGAGAAACUUUGAGCUCGGUCUUGGAUCACCAGAAAUAAUUCAUGAUUUGCGAGGUCAGGAGGCGGAGUUUGACCUGGACCGUAAUGGAUUUCAAAUCGUGAAUCAUGCUCUGGAAACCGCCAUCUUCAAUGAGGAGACAGUCGCGAACGAGUACCUUCCGGCAGUCGAGGUACUCCUCAAGUCUCUGGAACCAGGAAUUGACACGUACAUCUUCAAUUGGACGCUUCGAUCGAGCAAUUUACCAGACCCCAAGCCAGGAACCAGUAUCGACUUGAAUGACCCGAUGCUACGACUGAAACCGGUGCACGCCGUGCAUGUGGACCAGAGUCCCCAUGCUGCUAUAAAGCGCGCCAGGUCCAUUCUUGGUGAUGACCCUAGCACACUUGAUAACAAAAGAAUCCGCGUUACUAAGUCUGUGCAGCAGCCCGGUGAUUCCAGGAAGGGAAUGCUGACAGGCAAUCGCAGCGUAUGGCGACCUAUUCGAAAUGCUGUCGAAAACUACCCGCUAGCCGUUUGCGACGGAAGUACUGUGCCACAAGAGAAGCUCAUACAAGUCGACCAUGUACGAAAGUAUUACAUAGGUGAAUCGCUAUAUCCACUUCAGAGCGCCAGCUAUCGAUGGUAUUAUCUCAAUCGACAGACUCCGGACGAGGUUCUUCUUUUCAAAAUAUUUGACUCCAAGGAAAAUGUCCAAGCCAAGUGUAAGUAG